AUGGCACGGGAACUGGCCCGCUACAACGUAAACGUCGCCGCACUCUGCGAGACCCGAUUCUCCGAACAAGGCCAACUAGAGGAGGUGGGUGCCGGCUACACCUUCUUCUGGAGUGGUCGACCCAGGGCAGAGCGACGAGACGCGGGCGUCGCCUUUGCCAUCCGGACCGACAUCGUGGGACGACUGCCCAGCCUACCGCAAGGCAUCAACGAUCGCCUGAUGAGCCUCCGCCUGCCUCUCUGGGGAGGCAAAUUCGCCACCAUCAUCAGCGCCUACGCUCCGACGAUGACCAACCCCGACGCCGUCAGAGACAAAUUCUACGAGGACCUGCACGCCCUCUUGGCGACUGUGUCGAAGGCGGACAAGUUGAUUGUCCUUGGUGACUUCAACGCCCGCGUCGGCACAGACCAUUCUGCCUGCAGGGGCGUGCUGGGUCCCCACGGUCUCCGCGGCUCAAACGACAAUGGUCUGCUGCUGCUCCGCACCUGCGCAGAACACCGCCUCAUCCUGACGAACACGUUCUUCUGUCUGCCGGAGCGAGAGAAGGCCACCUGGAGGCAUCCUCGGUCGCGUCAUUGGCACCUGUCGGACUACGUCCUCGUCCGGAGGCGAUAUCAGCGGGACGUGAUGGUGACGAAAGCGAUCGCGGGUGCUGACGGGUGGACCGACCAUCGCCUCGUCCUCUCGAAGAUGCGUAUUCGCCUACAGCCUCGCAGGAGACCACAAGGUAAGCGACCCCCAGGUAAGCUGAAUGUUGCCUUAUUGUCUUUGUUCGCUCACAAUCUUCAUUUCAUAAAUGAGUUAGCUCAACGGCUAGACAAUCUUCCAAUCGCUGCCGCCGACGACGCCGCCGCCGCUGCCGAGAACGCCUCCGUGGAGAACCGCUGGUGUCAACUGCGAGACACGGUCCAGUCGACGGCGCUCGCCGUCCUUGGUCGGGCUCCCCGUCAACACCAGGACUGGUUCGACGACAACGACGCCGCCAUCAGAAAUCUGCUUGCCGAGAAGAACCGCCUACACAAAGCCUACGUAGAUCACCCCACUGAAGACAACAAAGCUGCCUUCUACCGCAGUCGCCGCCAACUUCAGCAACGACUGCGCGAGAUGCAGGACGCCUGGACUGCUCGCAAAGCUGAGGAGAUCCAGGGCUACUUGGACCGCAACGAAUGGAAGAACUUCUUCUCUACAAUCAAAGCUGUCUACGAUCCGCCGACGAAGGGCACUGCUCCUCUCCUCAGCGCUGACGGUCGCACUCUCCUGACUGAGAAAACGCAAAUCUUACAGCGAUGGGCCGAGCACUUCCGAGGCGUCCUCAACCGGCCCUCCGUCAUCUCCGACGCCGCCAUCGAGCGUUUGUCGCAAGUGGAGACCAACGUGGAUCUCGACCUCCCGCCAUCUCUCCAGGAAACCAUCAGGGCCGUGCAGCAGCUCUCCAGCGGGAAAGCACCCGGAUCGGACGCAAUCCCUGCUGAGGUCUACAAGCACGGAGGUCCCCAACUGAUGGAUCACCUGACUGCGCUCUUCCAGCAGAUGUGGCGUCAAGGUGAAGUCCCGCAAGAUUUCAAGGACGCAACCAUCGUGCACCUAUACCAACGUAAAGGAAACCGCCAAAUCUGCGACAAUCACCGCGGCAUCUCCCUGCUGAACAUUGUCGGGAAGAUCUUCGUCCGCAUUCUCCUCAACCGCCUCAAUAACCAUCUGGAACAGGGCCUUCUGCCGGAAAGCCAAUGCGGCUUCCCUCGUCAUCGUGGAACCACGGAUAUGAUCUUCGCCGCCCGCCAACUUCAGGAGAAGUGCCAGGAGAUGCGGACCCACCUGUACUCUACCUUCGUGGAUCUGACGAAAGCCUUCGACACGGUGAAUCGUGAAGGACUGUAG